AUGCAGAUCCAAACUAUUGGUGUCCAGUCUGGUGGUUUCACGGCCCGGUCCGACGAGGAUGAUGCACCGCAGUCUGUCAUCCACGCGCCACCUGGAUUCGGCCAUUUCGUGGGAAAACCGACGUCUAAUCAAGCCCAUCACGAUAAAGAAGAAAAACGUGACUCUGUUACGAUAGAUACGAAACCGAGCGAAACACAAGAGCAAGCGCAGAAGCUUGGGAAGAAAUCAUUCAAUAGCCCCGUAUCACCCCCUCCGUUGACAACAACGAUUCCACCAGUGAAAGAUUGGUCUGAUCGAGCAACCCCCCGUGCACAAACGCGACAAGAAAUUGAGGAGUUCGGCCGACGCCCUCAUUCCACAAAUCUUGAAGAUAUCCCUGAAAGCGCGGAUGUCGAUUCGAUAGCAGGAAGGGACGUUGACAGGCUGGUGGAGAGCGUCACCCCUUUGAAGAAUAUCCAGGCUCACCGAAACGAAAUUGCUGCUCUGUGGACUGCACUCGCCGAGUGUUGGACGCUUUGCAACACCCUGGCGACGCUCAGCCAUAAUCACCGUGAAAGACUGUUUAACUCGGCGAGCAAAGGUGAUAUGCAAGAAGUCGCCUGGAAAUCAUGUUGGAAGUUAUGCCAAAGACUAUACGAAUGCCGCGAUGACGACUAUGCAUCCCAAAUAGAUCCUACAUUGGACCUGUGCCGCGAGUUCUGCCAGGCUUUAUUUGAGGUUCGGGCGAGAGAUAACGAGGAUGCGGACUCUGUAUUGCGGGUCAGCUUUGAACUCAAUAAUCACCUUUAUAAUUCCAGUGACCGUGAACUGCCCGGAGUGUUCCGUGAACGUACCCUUGAUUUCUACAUCACAUUAUGUCAUCGUCUCAUGAAACAGCGCAUGCACCUGGCAGAAGAAACAGAUUCGUUGCUUCAUGCUUGUUGGUCAUUGGCCGAGAUGCUUUUCAGCAUACGGCAGAGCAAGCGUGAGGGCAAGAAGCCAGACGAGGAGCUCCUAGGGUCUGCUGUGCAAGCCUGCUGGGAACUUUGCGAUCUCUUCCGAGAGGGCUGGACGCAGAUUAGGCCGGACCGAGGAACACCGCGGCCUAGCCAGACAACUUUUUCUCAAGCUUUUCAGCAAGCCAAGGAGUCUGCUGCUGAAGCAGCUGAAAUUUCUCACCACCAACAGACCAACCCAGAAACUCCAACUACAAUCUUUGAAGACACAGCAACGAUCUCGCCGGACGAAGCACCUAUUCCCAAUAUUCUUGUGCUGGGACAUGCACAAGGUCCAGGGAGCCAGACGAAAUGGUCGUCCAACUCUUCAACUCUCUCUGGAAGAUCCCGCUCAUCCGAACAAACAUCAUCAACAAACACUGUCAUUACGCCCGCUGAAGACCCGAACCUUUUGCGCUUGAAGCUGCUCAUCACCAAGGCAGCUUUGAAUAGUGGCUAUCAGAGAGGAGGCUCUCAGAACCUUGCAUCAUUUGCAAAAUCACUUUCAUCUGAUUCGUUCGGCCCAAUGCCAUGGCAAACUGCACUACUUGAUCAGUACAAGAAACUCGUUAUAAGUGACGCCUCGUUCAAGGUAAUUGGCAUACCUGGCCUUGCAGGCGCAGUCGAUGUUGCAAGAGCUGUUCAAUCCAUGUCUCAGAAUGGCCAGUAUACCUGGUUACGUGAUCUCUAUAGGCUUGUCUUCGGGUUUCAUCCUGAAGAAGCUGUUAACCGCAGAAACGUGACAAUUCAAACGUAA